UGACGCCCCCUGCUGCGCCGCGGAGACUUUGGCUAGGCGAGCGAGCGAGCGACUUUUAGCCGGCGAUGGACAACGGAGCGGUGUACAGUCCCACCACCGAGGCGGCCCCGGGCGCCGGCAGGGGCGCGCGCAGCGGCCUGGCCGCCUACUUCUUCCUGGGCCGGCUCCCCUGGUCUCGGCGCGUCCUCAAAGUCUUGCAGCUGCUGCUGUCUCUGCUGGCCUUCAUCUGUGAAGAGGUUGUGUCCGAGUGCACGUUGUGUGGAGGCUUGUACUUCUUUGAAUUUGUGAGCUGUAGUGCCUUUCUCCUGAGCCUCCUCCUGCUGAUCGUAUACUGCACACCAGUGCACGACAGGGUGGACCCUGGAAAAGUCAAGUCGUCGGAUUUUUACAUCACUCUGGGAACAGGCUGUGUAUUUCUGUUGGCAUCUAUCAUUUUUGUUUCUACCCAUGCUGGGACCUCAGCUGAAAUUGCUGCAAUUGUGUUUGGGUUUAUAGCAAGUCUGAUGUUCCUGCUAGACUUUGUGGUCAUGCUGUGUGAGAAACGGCAGGAGAGCCAGCUGAGAAAGCCUGAGAACCACGCCCGGGCUGAGGCCCUCACCGAGCCGCUCAAUGCUUAGGCCAGGAGCAGACUGCGGACCAGAGGAGUACUCCUUCCCGUGGGACCUGUGUCAUGUGUGCACCUCGUCUGUUGGAGAGAAGGGAAGGGGCAGGAGGGUGACUUCUCAGUGUGGGGUGGCAGCCCUGCAGUUAGCACAGAGGGUUUUUAAUAACCUGGGAGCUUAUCUCUAACGGAGGAGGUUUUGUUGCUUGUUUGUUUGUUGUUAAAGAUGAGCACUGUUGUCUUUGAUUGCAUGUCUGUCAUUUGCUACAGGCUACACCGGAUUUAGCUUCCAGACCGUUCAUUCUCCAUCCUUUCAGGAACUGUUUCAUUUUAAAGUUAUUUGCUUUGCUGUUAGUUUUUGCUGGUUACAUUCUGUUCUGUGGUUGGAGAUUUCACUGUGUUUAAGGUGCUGGUGUAGGCUUCUUCCCUAAUACAUGAUCCUUGUCUUUGUCUCCCUCACCUUACGCUUACGUGCUAACCCAAAGGGAGUUAUCCUUGCUCUUUUUGAUCCAUGUAUUGCCUAACGGAAAGUGCAUAGUGCUGUUUAUGUGUAUAAAAGCAACAAUAUCAGCCGCCUUGUGGUUUGUACAUUGCACUCUGGUUGUUAAAAUUAAAAGAAAAAAGAUUGUUACAGAAUGCAGAAAGGUGAAGAAACUGAUACUACAUCUAAAGACCAAAGAUAGAAUGGACUCUGUGUACAGUGGACAUAAUUGCACAGAUGGGCCCUGACCUCUCGGCAGAGAUGUGAAGGGUCGUGCUACGCACACGGAAUGGCAGUUGAUGGUGUUCAUCCUGUGAGUUGGGAGCUGUGGGCCUCCUUCCUGGCAUACCGUCAUCUCUGCUCAGGUGCACACGGCUCCGCAGCCUCUCUUUGGAGUCCCGCUGGGCUUGCUCACCCACCUGAGUCUGUCUCCUCCUCUCUGACGCUCUCAGUGUCCUUGGGCCACAUCACCAUCUUCAGAGGGAGCCUUCGCUCUUGCUCCGUCCCUCCCCUUCUCCCUCUAGUUCAUCGUCCGCCAUCUCCAGGCUGGCCAGACUUUUGUGCCCCCCUCCUUGUCAACCAAAGUCUGAGGCAGGAAUGUCAGGUUCUUGUUCCCACAGGCCUCUGCUUGAGUUUCUCUCCAGGGGAGGUGUCUUGAGAAAGCCGAUCCUGGAAGCCCUGCUAGUGAAUACUGUUGGUGGUGUGAGGAGGCUACAGACUAUCCCCACACUUUGCAAGGAUUGCUUGUUGCUUCAAGGCUAACUUAGAGCCACUGAGACACCUGUGUGCCCAAAGGGGACCUUUCUUUCUUAUCUUCAUUCUGGGGUUUGCCUGAGACCGAAAUAUGUCAAGGCCUCUGUAUUCUAGUGGAGGUUUCCCAGGCUGCGGUUUGUCUCUGAGGACGUGCGAUCAUGUUUCCAGGGAUUUGGUGUAAAGUUCCCCUCGUUUUCAGUCUCUGUCUGUCAUUGUGAGUGGUUUUGGUUACACGAGUGAGGCUCUUGUAGUUCUCAGAAGUGGGUGGAUCCGGGCACGGAGCUUCUUCUGUCCCUGCCUCACUGACUGACCUGCUGGCGUCGGGCGGGUUAGCUGCUUGGGAGAUCAUGAAACCAAUCAUGGUGUUGCCUUACUGGGCAUGCCAUCUGAGAGAAAGGACAAUAUGUAGGCGCUGGAAACCAAGAACAGAAUAACUCAAAAGGAACCAGUUUACAGCAGACAAUUUAGAAUUUUACAUCAAGCAUUGGAACUAUCAUCUAGACCUGUUAAGAAUUAACAGCAAAUCAGGGCAACGUUAGUGUAACCCACUGUUAGUCAGCUGUUUGGCAUUGUAACAGAAUACCUGUGACAGUCAUCUUAAAAAGAGGAAAGGUUGAGGCUGGAGAGAUGGGGCAGAGGUUGGUGCUUCUUCCUUCUCUUCAGAGGACCUGAGUUCUGUUCUCCAGCGCCGGCAUAGGGUGACUCUCUACGGCCUGAUACUCUACCACCAGGGGACCCAGUGUCUGGUCUCUGGCACACAAACAUGAAUGGCAUACAUAACUUUACAUCUUAAAGUUAAAAAAAAGGAAAAAGAGGGUUUGUGUGGGCGUGCAGUUUUGUAAGCUUCAGCCGUGGUCAGUCCUGUUAGUCCUGCUCUGUUAGGAGGCAGCACAUCAUGGUAGGGCCUUGGUAGAGCAGGCAGCUCAUCCUGUGCCUCCAGGAAGCGAGCAGUGAGCGGGAAUGACUUGAGGUGCUGUGUUCCCUUUAGAGGGUUUGCCACCCUCACACCAGGUCCCACCUCUCAGUAAUGCCACCCAGGAGUAUACCUCUCUGCCAGCGUUAGGCUUGUUCAGGAUGCACAGACACACUGUCUCACCCAUGCAGCAACUUAGCAUCCAGUUGUUUACCGUGAGUUUGCUUUGCUCCACAGUCGAGGGCUCCUUGGCUACUCCAUUCCUUCCCUGUAAGAGGAUAAUUGGUCACUCUUAGAACUUCCUCUUUUGGGGGACCUGUGACCGGUUGACUUGUGCAUCCUCUGGGGCUGGGGGGCAGGGAGGGGUGAUGGGGUUAAAGACUGUCACCAAAUCAGCUCAAGAAGAGCUGGGGCUGGGACUGUCAACGCAGAAAAGACGUCUUUAUUAGCCGCUGUAGCAAAUGUGAUUUGCUGUAUUUUAUACAAACUGUUUAGAAUGGUUUUUAAGACUUAGAAGGGAAAUAUACUUACAGCACAAGACUUUUAUAAUUACUAUACUUAAAUUAUGCUUUAUGCGGGGACUGGGAAAUGUAUUUUUACAUUGCUUAUAUCCGAUCACUUUUCUAUUUGUUGAUUUAAAACCUGUGGGUCUUUUUUUAUCACUCUUAAUAUAACUUUUAUAAUCUUUUAAAAUAAAUCCUUUUAAUUCCA